UUCCCUUCUCUGCCUUUACGUUUCCAAAUUCUCAGAUCUCCUCUUCGUUCCAUCAAUGGCUCGUACUAAACAGACUGCUCGUAAAUCUACCGGUGGUAAAGGUCCCAGGAAGCAACUCGCUGCCAAGGCUGCAAGGAAAUCAACACCAACAACAGGAGGAGUUAAGAAGCCACAUCGCUAUCGUCCAGGAACAGUUGCUCUUCGUGAAAUCAGGAAAUACCAGAAGAGUACUGAACUUGUUAAUUCAAAAACACCUCUAGAAUUGCUGUAUAAAAAGAAACCAGAUUAUACCUUGUGUGCUGUUCUUGCUCUUCAAGAGGCUGCUGAAGCUUAUUUAGUAGGAUUGUUUGAAGACACUAACUUGUGUGCAAUUCAUGCUAAGAGAGUCACGAUCAUGCCUAAAGAUAUUCAAUUAGCAAAGCGCAUUCGUGGUGAAAGGGCUUAG